AUGGAGGACGCUAUGAAUUUCAACAACUCUGAGAAAUCGAUCAUGAAAUUUGACCAUUUCAAAAGCUUCACCAUGCUUUUUCGGCUGAUCGAGCUCUGUUUCGGCCUGCUUUGGCUCUCCUGGACCUCCACUCGCUUGCCUCUUCUCAUUCAAAUCUCCUGCGACUAUUUGCGUUUAGCCUUUUCGUUUUUCAUCAGUCCGCUCUUCAUUUUCCUUCUCGGCAACUUCAUCGUCCUCACUCUGCUCCUCAAGUCCGGUCGCCUCUCCGGCCAAUCUCCUAUUACCUGCCACGCCGCCGAGGAGACUAAAAUCUACAACUCGCUCAUCCAAAACACUCACGACUAUUCCAUGAAAGUCACCUCUGCAAACUCCGAUUCGGUUACGGAACCGCCGGAGAUCGUUUACCAGGACAAGCAAACGAUUUCCGAUACCAGCACUCUCGUCGCUCCAAAUCUCGAAGAUUCCCGAACGACCGGUUUUGAACAGAGAGUUCCGCGGAAGCGGACUCGAUCUGACGAGUUAAACGUAGAGAAAUCGGGAGAGGAGAGUUGCGGAAAGCUGCAGCGAACGGUAACGGAGAAAUGCCGGAAAGUAACAGAUCCAAGCAACGCUCCGACGGACACGGCACUGGAUGUUGAAAAUCUGAGCAAUGAGGAGUUCCAGAGAGCCAUAGAGGAUUUCAUUGCUAAGCAAAUUAAGUUUCAUCAGGAAGAGAAGUUGGAUAUUGUUCUUCAAUCUUCGUAG